CGCGUCCGGUCGGCCCGGCCCGCGCGGGGAGGGGCACAUCCGGGGCCCGGCGGGCCGGCGCGGUCGCCACGGCAGCGGGGUCGCGGCGGGCAGCCCCCGGAAGCGCACGGCCGCGCCGCCGCCAUGUCGCUGGGCGCCGGGGAGCCGGCCUCGGAGACGGGAGAUGACAGUCUGUCUGCAAUCACCUUUGACUCUGACUCUGAGACGAAAGCAAAAAGGAAAAGUUUCCACAAACCUCCACCCACGUCACCAAAGUCACCUUAUCACUCUAAGCCGAGAAAAGUGGCCUCCUGGAGAUCUCUGAGGACGGCGGGGAGCGUGCCUCUCGGGAGCCGGAUGUCCUUAACCCCCCAGAAGCUGUGGCUGGGCAGCUCAAAGCAAGGAAGUCUGACCCCCGCUUUGAAGUCAGACCUCACCUUGGAGCGUGCGUGGACCAGCCCCCCCAGCAGCACCCCCGACUACCUGGCCGAAGCUGUGAGAAUGAAGAGGGCAAACCUCAGGCGUCCUGCCCGCCACGGUUAUGUUCCUGGGACCCCUGUCUACAGAGAGAAGGAGGACAUGUAUGACGAGAUCAUGGAGCUGAAGAAGUCAUUACACAUGCAAAGAAGUGAUGUGGAUCUGAUGAGAACAAAGCUUCGGCGCUUAGAAGAGGAAAACAGCAGAAAGGACCGGCAGAUAGAACAGCUUUUGGACCCAUCCCGAGGCCCGGAUUUUGUUCGGACUCUGGCAGAGAAAAGGCCUGAUACUGGCUGGGUGAUCAGUGGGCUGAAGCAGAGGAUUCUCAAGCUGGAGCAGCAGUGCAAGGAGAAGGACGGCGCUAUCAGCAAACUGCAGACUGACAUGAAGACCACUAACUUGGAGGAGAUGAGGAUUGCCAUGGAGACGUAUUACGAGGAGAUUCAUCGUCUCCAGACUCUCUUGGCAAGUUCUGAAACGACAGGAAAGAAGCCUCCAGUGGAGAAGAAAAUCGGCCUUAAGAGGCAGAAAAAAACGAGCAGUGCCCUCCUGAGCUUGUCCCGGAGCGUCCAGGAGCUCACGGAGGAGAACCAGAGCCUGAAGGAAGACCUGGACCGCGUGCUGAGCAACUCCCCCACCGUCUCCAAGAUAAAGGGCUGCGUGGAGUGGAGUAAGCCCCGGCUGCUUCGGCGGAUUGCAGAGCUGGAAGAGAAAAUAAGUUCACUGGAAAGCCCCACAUCGCACGGUUCAGAGGUGGUCAGGUCGAGCCCGCCGGCUCACUCGGCGUCCAGCUCCGCGGUGCACCGGCAGCCGCGCCCCGACCGCCCCGACCACCAGGAGGAGAGCGAGCGUCUGCGGGGGGCCGUGAGGAGCCUGAAGGGCGAGCGGGACGCCCUGCACACCCAGCUUCAGGAGAGAGAUUUGGAGGUGAAGCAGCUGCUGGAGACAAAGGCUGCCCUGGAGAAGGAGCUGGAAAACAUGAAGGAGGGUGAGAAGGAGAGAAGAGGAAGAGAGGAGGCUUUGAGGGAGGAAAUUCAAUUGCUUACCCGGAAGUUUCGAGAACUGGAAGAAAGUAAGAAGGAAGGGGAGGAUGAGCCCAUGGACGUGACGCCUGAGACCCGGGAAGAGCCCCGACCUCCCAGCCCCACUGCCGGCCCCUCCCAGCCGGACUCGGAUCCGGACACGAGUGAGGGGGGCUCCUCCCGGCCCCCCUCCACCUGCUCUGAGGGGAGGAGAGACGCGGCCGCCAGGCUCCUGCAGCGCCGCUGGAAGGGGUACCGACGCCAGAAAAAAAAGGCUGUUCUGGAUGAGGCGGCUGCCGUGCUGCAGGCGGCUUUCCGGGGGCAUCUGGCGCGGGCGAGGCUCCUGUCCAGCAGAGCGUGCAGCUCGGAACCCUCCGUCGUGCCAAGCCCUCCCACCCAGGACACUCCCGAGCCCCGCGUCCCGAGCCCCACCGUCCAGGCCGAGGGGGACCCGUGGCAAGAGGAGGCCGUCACCCUCGUUCAGUCUGCCUUCCGGGCACACCUGGCGCGGGCCAGGCACAGUGCUGCUGGUCCAAGAGCUGCCGCUGCAAGAGCUGCUCCUCCCGAGAGAUCUGCGUGGGCCCCACACAGCACACCCUCCUCUCCACCCUUCCCUGCAGCCUCUCCCGGGCAGGAAGACAGCGAGGGGAGCAGCGGGGAGACCACAGAGGCGCCAGCUCCCGAGGACAGAGCGCCGAGGCCGUGGGGGCCAAGGGCGCCCGCAGCCCCGCCACCCUGCGCCGGGGAGCCCUCGCCCUCAGGGCGGCAGCCCGCGGCGCCUCCACCCGCGGAGGACGUGCCCUCGGACGACUCCGACGAGAUCGUCUUGGCGCCGCCCGCCCUAGGCCCUGCAGGCAAGGUCCGCUGCAGAGGACAGACUCUCUGAGACUGGAAAGUAAUUUAUCUUGUUAGGGAAAGAACGGUGCCCACUUAACACCGGACCACCUUCCCCGGGCUUUCUCUUGUUUUGCCCGUUUCCUUGUUUGUUGAAGGAACCCCAGAUGCCGUCAUUUUAUCUUUCUGUACCCCCGGCUGCAGCCCACACAGUGCUCGACGGACACACCUGCCGGGAGUAGGGGCAGCAGGGAGCCCCACAGAGACACGUCCUGUGCUCUUGGGCACCUCUGGCCACCGUGGCCGGGAACUUACGCUGCCCGCCUCCUCCUCCUCAAUGGCUCCGCCAGCAGGUCAACCUGGUCGCGCCUCUUGUUGGAAGGUCGAGGGGACAAGCCUGCGGGGGUGGGGUCCCCUCAUCCCCGUGACAAAACGCAGCCGUUUCCGAAGUUCAUGAGACUCUGAGGACAUCGGGCUCCCCAAGCGGGUUCCUGUUCCUCAGGCCCCUCCCCCUCACCACACACAGCUUUCUUCUGUCACCUUCUCUACCCCCUUGGGGCACUGUCCGCAAGAGCGGCUCUUCCAGGAAGGCGUCUGGUGGUACAUUUUGUCACUGGGUAGAUGAAGCCUUAAAAAAAUACCAAAUGAUAAUCACAGAAGCAGCAUCGAGUCUGCUUUUGGAACGUGCAGUGGGGAAGGCUCUUCCCCAAGCCCAGCGGCAGGUACUGCGGCCUCUGCGGGGCCGCCUGGGGGGCGAGAGCAGGGGAGCGGAGGAACAUCUCAGGGCAGCACCCCCACCGCGCUGUGUGUAGACGCCAACUCUGGAGUCUGCAGCCCCGGGGGAGGAGGGGGAACUGCAGGUGGCACAGAGGUCCUUUCAGAAGCUCGGUUCUGGUUCUCUGUGGGAUUAGCCCUUGCUGAUGGGUGCAAAGGAAGAGCCUCGGGCUCGGGUGUGAGCUUGAGGGCAUCUGGACGCUGUGCACCCGGGGCUGGUGCCUGACUGUCCUCUUCCCAUCCAGCGACUCCUCUCCCAGGACAGGCAGCGCGCCUUAGGGGAGGGCUGAUGUGGGUCGUAGCUGGAAUGGAGGGUCCUGCCCACUGGGGACAGUUUAAUCCCUGGGCGACCCGUCGGUCUCGCCAGCCCCAGCAGGACCCCAGCCUCCCGACAACGUGGCAGCCCUUCUGACCUUGAACCAGGGGCUCCGGGUCAGACUUGUCCUUCUUUCAGGAAACUCUUGGGCCCUCAUCAUGGCGGUCAGAGGCGUGUGGUGGGAGGAUCCGUGUUGCCCUGUCCCAUGGGAGGGGGAGGGGCCUCCUGGCCCAGCCCCGGCCACCCUGUCAUGCGGGGACCCACCAGUCCCUUUCACCACGUACGUGCUAGUCAUACAGUGGGUUCAAAAAGUUCAGCCUGGGGCCAAGCUCGUGCCCUGUUUUCUUCAUCUGGCCUGUGAGCUGCCAAGUCAGUCUUUUCUCCUGUUUCCCCCGCUGGACUGAGUGCUAACUCACCCGGAUCCGUUGCUGAACUUUGCCCCGUUUCGCCCACUGGGUCUUUUGCUCCUCUGGCUGCCUGCUCAGCUGAAGGCCACCAGUCAGGCCCCCAGAGGGUGGGGAAGGCAGUGCCCGCGGCCUGCACCUCCUGGAGGGGGUCGUCCUCCCCUCACCACAUCCAGAAACGGGCACUUCUGCAUGAGUCCUCGCCCUCGGGAGUCCAGGGCGCUGGGGCCCACGGCAGAUAGAUCACCGUCAGGACGUCCCUGCCCGGGCCGGGGGGCCGGCCAUCUGCAGAGCUGAGGAGGGAAAGUCAGCCCUGGGAUCGGAGUUUUCCAAGAACAUGCCCCUGAGUAUUGUAAAUGUGUACGUGCAUCUGUCUGUGCUCCUGGGGUCCAGCCACGUCCAUCUAGUGAAAGUAAACGGUCCUGAAGCUGCCUCAGUAAGUGACGGCCCUCUGACACUGUGGAUCCGUCGUGCCUGGCGUGCUUACAGGGCCCAGGGCUUGGGGCUGGGGUUCUAGGGCUGUAGGAGCAGCACAGGGCGGGGCGGGAGGGUGGCUGGUGCCUGCCUGGAGGCCCCACCUCCACGGUGCCUGCCUCUGUGCCGCCCUGCGGACAGACCAGAAUCCUCGUCCCAGCAAAAAGACCCAUUGCAUUAGGAAAAGGACAGCCACCUAGCUCAGACCGACCAGGGUGAGAGCUGCAGAGUUUUGCUUCAUUUUUAAGAAAUAAAUACUCUGCAGAAAGCCCCGUUUACCUUCAAGAUCUGAAUAAAAUUUAAAUUCCAUGAGAACCCAUCUCAGCGAAUUCAAACCCCUCCUGUGGUUUUGGAAGCCGUGUUUGCUCUCGUGUGGCUCAAGAAUUCUGAGGACCAGAGCGUGGAUAUGCAAACCUGCCGGCUUCCACUGCAGGUGGGGCCCUCCCCGAGCUCCCGAGGGUCUGUUAACAGCGGAUCACUCCGGGUAAGCAUCCUUUAAGGCGAGAGAAUUCACAUCUGGGAGCUGAAACGUGAAGCCAUCCGGUGGCUCCGGGAGGAAGUGGUGGACUCGCUGGUCUUGGUCGUUUGUAUUUAGGCGUGUUUGGACCUUACACGUAAUUUACACACACAUCUUUUGGAAGGGGUAAGGUUUCCUUUUGUGCUACUCAUUAUUGGCCUUUGUAGGUAAAAGUUGCUUUUCAGGGUAUUUGUCUUGAUUGCCCUGCAAACCCGUGACCUUUCAUGACCUCUGAGUGCCAUUGCUGUAGCUCACGCUGCGCAGACCCCGGGCUUCUGGGCUUCUGGCUUUUGCUCCGGUCCUAGCACAGGCUUGGGCGUGUGGAGCCAGUCGGAGGGAAGGGCCCCACCGCCAGCUCCCUGCCGUACAUCCGUCUUUGAAUUUCUCUUCCUUGCUCAUGCGUGAGGACUUGGGCAUCAGGAACCUGAAAAUGGGGCUCAGUUGCAGCAUUUCUGUUUAAUUUUUGUUUUAGGAGCAGGGAAGGAAUACUUUACUUAGGAAUCAAACAGAUGCCAAUGACCCCCCAAAAAGUUGACUUCUGGAGGAAAAAAAAAAACCUGUUUUCCAAUAUUUUGUUGGAAAAGUGCAGCACAAGGUGCACCUGUGGCUUUGUUUGCACACGGCUGCUUGCCGGGCUCUCGAGCUUGUCUGAAGCCCUCACAGGGACUGGUCUGUUGGCUCCAGCACUGGCCCGAACAGAUCACCCUGUGCCUCGUGGGCAGAUGCUUCGUUUGGAGGACUUGGUGCUUUCAGAGGAGCUGGUUGGGCCUGGAGGAGGCUGUGACAGAGCAGGGCGGGGUUCAUCAGACCCUUAGCCUGGCCAUGAGCCCGCUGCCGCCUGCGCUCCGGUGCGGCUGGGGUCUGGCCACA